UUUGUACACAGGGAGUAAAAUCCACUCACUCACAAGAUGGGAUCAGAAACAGCCUGUCUGCUCGGUUGUGCCUUCUGUUUGUUUUUGGCGCCUUUAAUACUGCAUGGGGUUGGCCUGUUUACGCCCAAGUGGGGGUCUAACUCAACGUGCGAUGCGAUUGGUGUCAUUUACAGCUGCUGCUCUGGUGAUGAUAAUAAAACCUGUGAAAAGAACGUGGGCAAUGAUUUAGAUCCCCGUGUGAUGGGACUCCAUGCCACUGCCUUUGGAAUGAUGUUCCUCGGGGUGUUCUGCAUGUGUGUUGAGAGCUUUUGCAACAAAGAUGAUGAAGAUACCGGUUGGUGUGGCCUUAUUGGCGGCUGCUGUCUCAUGCUCUACCCUGUUGCAGGUCUGUUUAGCUUCAUAGGCUGCAUGAUCUGGGUUUCAAAAUACUCUGGUUCCUCGUUGGGCUACUCAUUCGCUCUAUCGUUGACCUCUGCAUGUCUCGUUCUCAUCCUUACCUUCAUCGUGUGCUGUAUUAUGUGCAAGGCCCUGAAGAACGACGACGAUGACUCGGGAGUCGCAAACGGAAGGUCUAAUCCAGAAUUUUCUGGUGCUGUGCAGGGGUAUGGGGGCGGUGGAGGUGCCGCUGCUCCCUACGGAGGUGGAGCAGUUCACAUGCAAGCUGCACAGAUUGAACAACGAGCUGUUAUCCACGAUCCGGAGAGUGGGGGCUUCCUUGUGCUCGUAAGGAAGAUGAACAUCAUAAAUCUUGUGCAUACUGUUUCCGGCCAUGACUAAAUGUGGUACCAUUUUGAUACAUUACAAGCAAAGGUGUACCAAUUCUACAAAAACUUAUGAAUAUAAAAUAACUAUGUUUUCUCCCUUCUGUAUUAUAUAAACCAAGCUCUGUUCGUAAAACAAAAAAAGGAUCCUGGCCCCCAAAAACGGAAAUAAGUCCCUUGAAACAGGAUCAGGCUUAGAACAAUUGUUUUGUUUAAGCUAUUAAUCGUGUAAUUUUCUCCUUUUCAAAGGGACUCGCUCAUGAUAUUGUAAAAGCACAUUUUUGUACCACGAAAUACAGUUUGGCAAAUCAUUAGGCGUAUUUAAAGUAAGAUACCAACGGCUUAAAGCAUUCAACAAAUUCUUGAUAAAUUGUAAUAUCUUAAAAGGAAUCAAUCAUGUUUUUGUAAAAUUUCCUUUUUUUAACUUAGACGCUGACGGCUGAAACCCUUCAAUAAAUGUAUAGGCUUAAAGAAUGUUUAAAAAAAUGAUUUUGACUAGCGAUAGUUACGCCAUUUAACAUAAGCUUUAAAGGUUAAGUUAUCUUUAUGUUUGUGUUUGAGCCCUUGUGGGCGUUGGUUUUGUUGUCAAUUUUCUAAUAUUUCCUUAAUUGUACCGAAUUUAGUUUGCUCCCAACUACAACCAGAGCAUUAUUUCUAUUAUAGAUACUUAAAGAGUACUUUUCUGCAAUUUCAGUAUCAAAGAGUAAACUAGUUAUAAUAUACGUGGGCUCAUAUACAUUAAUGGGAAAAAUUGGUGGCAAAACAUGAGUGAUUCCCUUUAAAGAAUGUUUAUAGUUAAACGGAAUAAAAACGUAUUUUAAAUAGAGUUGUGCUAUGGAUUGUUUAUAAAAUAGAGGGCUGUGUUUUAAAUGUGUGUUUUAAAGUUUUUUAAAAACACUAGU